AUGCGUGAAGUUGAGGCGAUUAUCGAGAAAAUUGUGGGUGGAUUGUUCUGCGUGUUGGUUACACUUGCUGUUGUUCCUGUUAUUAGAUGCCCACGGGGUGGGCCGGCUGAAAUGGUCGCUUCAUUGUUGGAUCAACGACUGCGUGACCAUUUGUUGGCCAAGAAUAACCUCUUCUCAGAAGGUGGGAAUUUUACGAGCUCGUUUCAGAGGCCAGUUUUGUGUAUAUUUGAUCGAAAUUUUGAGUUGUCAGUCGCUAUACAGCAUGAUUUUAAGUAUAGACCGCUUGUUCAUGACGUGCUUGGGUUGAGGUUGAAUAGGUUGAGUGUGCAAGGAGAGAAGGGUGGAAUGAAAUCAUAUGAAUUGGAUCGAUCGGAUGGGUUUUGGGUGGCGAAUGGAUCUUUGGAGUUUCCAGAAGUUGCUGUGGAGAUCGAAACCCAAUUGAGCAAGUAUAAGAAAGAUGUUGAUGAGGUGAAUAAACGAACAGGUGGAAGUGAUGGGGCUGAAUUUGAUGGGACUGAUUUGAUUGGCAACACCAAGCAUUUGAUGAAUGCAGUUAAUUCAUUGCCUGAGUUGACUGAGCGGAAGCAAGUGAUUGAUAAGCACACUAAUAUUGCUACUGUGUUGUUGGGCGAGAUUAAGGAGAGAUCUCUUGAUUCUUAUGCGAAAAAGGAGUAUGACAUGAUGAUCAGAGGUGCCAUUGAUCGGACUGAACUUCUUGGUGUGCUAAAAGGGAAAGGGACUAAGAUGGAUAAGCUGCGGUUUGCAAUCAUGUAUCUUAUAUCUACUGAAAGUAUUCCUCAGUCCGAAGUGGAGAUAGUUGAAGCAGCACUGAGGGAGUCUGAGGUUGAUACUAGUGCUUUUCAGUAUGUGAAAAAGAUCAAGUCAUUAAAUGUUUCACUAGCAUCAGCCAAUUCAGCAAGCAGAAGCAACAUUGUCGACUGGGCUGAAAAGCUGUAUGGGCAGUCAAUUAGUGCCGUGACUGCGGGUGUGAAGAAUCUAUUAUCUAGUGAUCAUCAACUGGCAGUAGCAAGGACUGUUGAAGCAUUGAUGGAUGGGAAGCCGAACCCUGAGAUUGAUUCUUACCUUGUGUUUGACCCUCGUGCUCCCAAGUCAAACACUGGGACUAGUAGCAGCCAUCUAAAAGGACCAUUCAAAGAAGCUAUUGUCUUUAUGAUUGGUGGUGGUAAUUAUGUGGAGUAUGGAAGCUUGCAAGAGCUUGCAAACCGUCAACUGCCAGUCAAGCAUAUUAUAUACGGCACAACAGAAAUUCUCAUGGGAGGUGAGUUUGUUGAGCAGCUUACACUGCUGGGGCAGAAGAUGGGAUUAGGCAGCAGCGGAGCUGCUUCAGCCCAUUAG